UUUUUUUUUCAAACGCGCUAUUAGCCUGUGUUGCUAACUGCGUGAUACCACGGACUGGGUGAUUUAGUGAGGAUGUGGGUGGGUGUAUUGUGGCUCAAGGCCUGAGGAGGGUGCACUGUCUGAGCCCCCUUUGCCGGUCCUGGGGUGGCACAGAGAAGUUAAGCAGCUUGGCGGAGUCGCACAGCUGUGGAGCGGAGGAGUGCGUUAAGCCUGAGUUGUGAACGCCCACCCUCGGGCUGCAAAACGCUUGCCAUCCUGCGGAAAAUCAAGCCAUCCGGCGGCACGCCUGGAAUCUGAGUCCGGCAUAGGCGGUGCGCGCAGCUGAGGGGAGUCAGGUCUAGCAGCGGCCGCCGAUUCGCAGCGGGGUGUAGGGCAGUAGGGAAACAUCCGCAGGGGCUGAUUACGAACCCCAACCCCGGAAUUCUACCUCGGGGAGAAGGGACUUCAGAGCACGCUCCGCCGCAGGAGGGCGCGUCUGACCAGCCGCCGCUAGGCCAUCGGUCCUCGCCACAGGGCGAGACGCCUGCAAGAAGAUGUCGCUGUCCGGCGGGGAGCGCCCUGCGCGGCCAGGGACCCGUCUAUCCUGGCUGCUGUGCUGCAGUGCCCUGCUGUCCCCGGCCGCCGGCUACGUGAUUGUGAGCUCCGUGUCCUGGGCUGUCACCAACGAGGUAGACGAGGAGCUGGACAGCGCGUCCACCGAGGAGGCGCUGCCGGCGCUGCUGGAGGACUCGGGCAGCAUCUGGCAGCAGAGCUUCCCGGCCUCGGCGCACAAGGAGGACACGCACCUGCGGCCUCGGGGCUCCGCCCGCGCCAGGCCCGCACCGGCCCCGCGUGGCAUGUUCUCCUACCGGAGGGAGAGCGGCUCAUCCGCGGCAUCCCCCGACCCCAGGGUGCGCGCGGGCACCGCCCGCUCCCUGGCCCACGCUAGCUCCUGGGGUUGUCUGGCCACCUCGUCCACCCACGAAAAGAUCCAAGGACUGCCCUUUGGGAGUUGCCUGGCCAUCAGCGAUGGCCCUUUGCACAACAGCACAGGGACCCCUUUCUUCUACGUCACAGCCAAAGACCCUGCAGUGGCCGACUUGGUGAAGAACCCCAUAGCCUCGCUGAUGCUGCCGGAACCUGAAGGAGAGUUCUGCAGAAAAAACAUCGUCGACCCAGAAGAUCCCCGAUGUGCCCGGUUAACACUCACUGGCCGGAUGAUCAUGGUCCCCCCAGGGGAGGUGGAGUUUGCCAAGCAAGCCAUGUUUUCAAGGCAUCCAGGGAUGAGGAAGUGGCCCCGCCAUUAUGAAUGGUUCUUCAUGAAGAUGUGGAUAGAACACAUCUGGCUUCAGAAAUGGUACGGAGGUGUGUCCGACAUCCCAAGGGAGGAGUACUUCAAAGCAGCCCCCAGAAAGGUCUGACAGUAACACAAGAGUCCUGGGGUUGGCAUUAAAGCGAAGACCUUUGAAGUGAAGAAGCCAGACAGCCUCUGACUGCCGUCUCUUUGUUUGAAGGGCCCCUGGCUGCCCU